UACAUUUACUUUUGGUUUCACGAAAUACCUGUUAGAAUAUGGGGCUAAAAAAAACUGGACCAUGUUUUGUAUAUAUAUAUAUAUGACAUUAUUUAAGGAUUUAAAAUAUAGGUGUUGUAAAUGAAAGGUGAUAUAAUUAUGUUGCUGGUGCCCGGCGGAAAGGUUUGCUUGCUUCUUGGAGUGUGUUUCACGUUAAUUCUUUUUACUCAAGCAUCGCCCCUGACAAACUAUAUCCGCCAUUUUGAAUUUCUGCAUUACGACCACGAGGCGCUGUAUGCAAAGCACCACGUGAUUAAACGUUCUGCAGACGGAGUUAUAUCCCUUGAUCUGGACGCUUUUGGCAGACGAUUCCCUCUAUUGCUGAAAACCGAUACCGCGGUAUAUAGUCCGCAGAUUGAAUUCAGCUCAUCCAACAGCAACCUGACGUUUGACACCAGUCGAGCUUACAGCGGAUAUCUCAAGUAUGAAGAGUCUUAUGUCCAUGGAGUUAUCACAGCAAGCGGUCACUUUGAGGGUAAAAUCGUAACACCGAAUGAAACCUACGUCGUGGAGAAAGCUGACAGAUAUUUCUCAGAACCACACGACCAUCACACAGUAAUAUACAGAACCUCUGAUGUAGACUUCGACCUGGACCGUGCCUUCUGUGGAGCCGACACUCACAGAAAACAUUUACAAAAAUUCCAGUACAAUCUAUCUCAUAAUGUAAAGUUGACGAGUGAUCGGUUUCACCCAGUUGACCGGUAUAUGCACUAUGACCCUCACUAUUUGCAUAAACGUGCAAUAGAUCCACUGAAACUGACGUGUGCAUUGUAUUUGCAAGCAGAUCAUAAGUAUUACGAAAAGUUCGGUAGUAAUACAGAUGCUGUUAUAGAGCAGUUGACUCAAUAUGUACAGACUGUGAACUCAAUUUAUAAACAAAUAGAUUUUGAUGGCGAUAACUCAGCCGAUAAUAUAAACUUCAUCAUCAAAAAAAUUAAAAUCCACACCGACCCCACCGCGCCAGGAUAUCGGUUAAACGGAAACUUUGGGGUCGAGAAGUUCCUGGAGUUGCAUUCUGAAGAGAAUUAUGACGCAUUUUGCCUGUCCUACAUGUUCACCUACAGAGACUUUGACGGAGGAGUUCUCGGCCUUGCGUGGACUGCAGGCGAAAACCAGGCAGGGGGCGUGUGUGAGAAAUAUAUGGUGAUUCAGGGAGGAAGUAAAAGUUUAAACAGUGGCAUCGUGUCAACUCUCAACUACGGGAAGGACGUCCCUCCGUACGUGUCUCACCUAACACUGGCUCACGAGAUUGGACACAACUUCGGAUCACCCCAUGACGCUGACGGGACCGCUUGCGCUCCGGGAUCGCCGAGUGGAAAUUUCAUAAUGUAUGCAAAAGCGACAUCUGGUGACAAAGUAAACAACAACAAGUUUUCGUCCUGUAGUAUUGGCAGUAUGAAGACAAUUCUUGAAACCAAGGCCAGACACGAAGCGGGAUGCUUCAUAGAGUUUCAGGGCACACUGUGCGGAAACCGGGUGGUUGAGACGGGGGAGGAGUGUGACUGUGGGUGGGAGGACGACUGCACGGAGUCGUGUUGUAACCCCCAGACUACUAACAGCUCCGCCCCUACACCGUGCACUAGAAAGGCGUCCGCUGUGUGCAGUCCAAGUAUGGGACCGUGCUGCGCCAAUGACUGUACGUAUGUUACACUGGCGGCCAAUCAAGUGUGUCGACACAACACCUCGUGCCUUGAUGAAGCCGUCUGCGACGGCGCCAAUUUCCAGACCUCGUGCCCGCCAUCAACUUUCAAAGCUAACAAGACGCCGUGCGGAGAGAGCCAGGUCUGCUUAAAUGGGAUGUGUUCAGGAGCUGUAUGCGUGGCCUAUGGAUUCCCCCAAUGUCAGUGCACACCAACACAAGCCGGCGACUGGAAGGAUGAGAGACUGUGUACGUUGUGCUGUCAACAAGGCGGAGAGUGCAAGCCGUCAUAUGAUAUUGCGGGUCUACCCAACACCACCGCCGUGCCUGGAACACCGUGUAACGACUACAACGGCUACUGCGAUGUCUUCAAGCGCUGUAGAGAGGUUGACCCCUCGGGACCUCUGAACAAUCUCCGUAAAAUCCUCCUGUCCCAGGAAACGCUGCUGACCAUCAAACAAUGGCUGACCACCUACUGGUACGCGGGGGUGGGCGGGGGGCUCGCUCUCGUCAUAUUUAUGGCAUUGUUCAUCAAAUUCUGCAGUAAGAGUGUCCCCACCGACAGACAGGUUUACGAGAAGAAGAUGAAAGCCAUACAAGAACAACAAAACAUGCGAAUGAGGUACCAGUCGAGAACGCGCAACAGCGUGGCGCCAACUGGUUACAUGUAGCCAUAGCAACAACAACAGCCUCGGCCAAAAACGAAGCAGAAAAUGUUUCGUUAAACUAGUUUUGGGACUUCACAUUAAACCCAGGACUGUGUUCUGUCAGCAGGGCUGCGUUCUACCAAACCUAGCAUGAAAAUGUCCGCUAGACUGGUUUAUGCGCUUCACGUUAAACCAGAUGGCCACGUCGGGAACCAAUCAAAUCGUUCGCGAACGUUAGCGAAACGUUCGCUGGCUGAACUUAGGGCUGUUUUACGCUAACCUUUUGCAAACUAUUUUGAUUGGUUCCCGAAGUCGUCAUUCGGUAAAACCAGUCAACAAAAUGUAAUGGUUGGCAGUAAUUACAAAUUUUCAGUGACAGUAUACGACGUUAACGCUCACAAACUAUAUUUGAUUGGUCUCCAAUCUUGUAAUUUGGUUUAACGUGGAUGAUGAUGAUGAUGAUGAUAACUAGUUUAACGUGCCCAUAUACCACUAGGGUAUCGAACACGUCCAUCCC